UUUAUUUUUUUGUGGGCCCCCCCUGGGCUGUGGGCCCCUAGAAUCGUCAUCACCUUUCACCCCUUAUCGACGGCCCUGGGUGAAGGAUUGUAAGAUGGAGGAGUGGGACCAGGGGUAGGACUACCUCUUGAUCUCCUGGGUCAAAGACAUCAUGGAGAGCAAACCACGGAGAUAGCCAGCAUGCUAGCACAGAUGGUUACAGCUUACCAUCGUUUAAUAAGAUUCUAGAACUACUAGAAAAAAGUAUUGGUUAUUGUUUGUAAGCUAUCAACAUUCUAGAUCAGGAAUUUCUUAGGUGUGGAAAUGGGCCUAUGUGUGUAUUGAGUUUACUCAUGCAUUAAUCUAUAAUCCAACGCAAAUUUAGAAGCGUUAUUUCCGAAAAAUGAUAUUCAAAUAUGUCUCAUUUUCACAGAGUGCAAACAGAGUGUGUUCAACAGAGUGUUAGGGUAACUUGUAGGCAGGGGUGGACUGGCCAUCUGGCAUACCGGGCAUCGUCCCGGUGGGCCGUUGACCCAAUGUGGGCCGGUCCGGUCCGCUAUGUUUUGUUUUUUUCUCUCUCUCUAAAUUUCCUCCAAUUAGGCUGGCAAAUUGGCUACAGAGGGCUAGCAGUGUGUUGCCAGCAUUGACACAUAUUAUUGGUCUAUGUUUGUCAUUGUCAAUCAAUCAUGGGCUGACAGGCUCAGAGAGCCCUGACAGUGCUGUCAAUCACAACACAAACCAGGGUGGGCGGGACCUCAUGGCAUGGGCCGGAAUCGUGGGAGUCCGCGACUCCCACGAGUAAGUAAUUCAUGUCUUAGACUUUUUCUCGCAGCUACAGAUAAAAAAAUGUUAUUCUCUAUUUAUGGUUUCACAAUGACUUAGUCACAGUUUAAACAAAUGCGUUUCAGCUCUAAAGCUGCUACUGUCUGUAAUAUGUUUCUAUUUAGAUUAUUUGUCAGGAUAUUUUGUUAUUAUUGUCCGAGUCUGGUUUUAACUAAUGCUGGGCUUACACAAAAAGAUUUUCCCAUUCACAGACUAAAAACUGCAAGAGAGAAAUUAGCGUUGGAUCAAGUGUGAUAUUUAACAAGCGUUUUGUAGCUAUGUAGACAUGGGGGAUGGAGAUGCAGCGACCACAGGAUGUCCGUUAACUUCCUGUUCAGGUUUCACACUUUUCUUGUCAACAGCACAAGAGACACAAAUAGCAAUUUGCACUGCUAUUUGCAGUGCAAAUAGCAGGAUGUAUGUACUUGAUUAAAUCGUUUUAAUAAAGUACAUACAGGGUUCUUCCCGUUCGUCUCGUCCCACCCCUAGUGCUGAUAAUGUAGUGGGCUGGUCUGGACAGAAAAUGCCAGGGCUGAAUUUUUGUCCCAGUCCACCCCUGCUUGUAGGGUUAAUGAAAGUCUGCUUCAUGAAUCCUGUGCAGCUGAUUUCUCACUUCCCAAUGUCGCCCCUCUGUGAAGGAAAAUAAAACGGUGGAAAAGUUUUAACAAAAGAUGGAUUUACUUACUACUACUUUACUUUAUGUGAGAUAACAUUUGCCUCCAUAUGAUUUGAAUAUGGUUUCUCGGUCAUUCGCUAUAACACAAUGAUUUGAAACCCUCCUCACCACAUUAAGAGGUGAAGGCUGGCAUGGAAAACUUGUUUUGCAAUCAGAAAAACGUGUAUGUUGUAAUGUGGUUGUCCCUCUGACAAAACUGAACGCCUUCACUUCCUGAACACAGCAGUUGGAUGAGUGAUGAACCACGAAGACUACUACACGAUUGAAAGAAGAAAGAUGUGUUCCUUACCACUUCUAGGACUUUAUACUUUUAUCCGGAUGACUUACGGACUUCAAACUGCCGUCUUCGCUGUGCUGGGGGACAGCGUCGAUCUGCCGUGUCCCAUCCCCUCGGUCGAACCCUGCUCCGAGGUCAACUGGAAAGUGAGCUCUUUCCUGGGUUUCUACACGGAGGUGGUCCGGGCGGGCUUGGUCAUAGCCGACGAGCCCCCCACUGUGAGGCUGGGGGCCGGCUGCUCUCUGCACAUUGACCGUCUGGAACAGGACAGCGCGAGGACCUAUGUGUGCAGUAACGGGCGGUUCAACGCAUCACUGUCACUCGAGAUCCUCAGCAUUACUUCGGAGAAGAAAGGUGAAAAGAUGGAGAUUCAUUGUUACCUCAACGAUUUCAAAGGAUAUGUCCGGUCUUGUCCCCACCAGGGGAUCCUUCUAGAGUGGCUGAGUGAAGCCAACACAGCAUUGAACAAAGAGAGAUUUUCCUUUGAGUCGCCCUCAAAGUGCUUCUCUAAAAUAAUCUUUAAGCCUAGACCGAUAGACCAUCGCAGAACGUGGAGGUGUCAACUCAGAGAGAAUGACACUGUGAAAACCUCACUGGGCUACACGCUAAACAUCACAGAUGGUAUACAGGAAGUAUUUGCACUGGCGGGUGAGUCGGUGUCAUUCUCUUGUGAUACUUCAUCCAUCGCUGGCGGUCUGGUGCAGUGGGUGGGACCCCAGCCCACCCUUGAUGGAGUCCGCCUUCCAGCCGUCACAUCUGAUAAACCCGACUUCUCUUUGGCUGUCAGCCAGGGGCAGGCUGGGGAUUACCUGUGCUCCCCUCAUGGCGACAAAACUAAAGUCUUAGCCACAGUCCGACUGCACACACUCCACGUUUCUGCCAAGCAGGAGGGCAGUAACCUCACCCUGAGCUGUGUGCUCACCUGCGCCCUGGAGAAGUGUGAUCAGGACGUGACGUUAGGGUGGACCACGGCCAGCCGGUCCUCCCUGCUGAGGGGUGGUAACCACAUGACCCAAAACACCAUCACCUCUCGGCUGUUCACUGAGGCGGUGCAGCUCACCGGCGCCCCCACUGUGUGCUCUGUGCAUAACGACGGGGUUCUGAUGGCGUCCGAGACGUGGCGCUCUACCAACACAGCAGCAGCGGCGCCGGCGGCGGCCUGGGCGGCCCUGCCUCUCAGCCUCCUGCUGUGUGCGGCCGUCGGAGGAGGACUCUACUUCCAUUCCAAGAAGAAAACCGAGAAAGGGAGCGAAGCAGUGGGAACCGAACCGGCUCCGUUAUAUGAAGCUAUCCCGGAUGUAAAUCAAGAAAGAUAUAACGUUCAAUAUAACGCUGGAAAGUCUAACUCUGACGAUGUUUUUUAUGAUCUGCUCCAAGCUGUAGAUGAAUCCAAAGCUAAGGAACUAAUUCUAUAAAAUUUGUUGAUAAAGCGAUUAUAGGGAAAUUCUAUUGGGUCUAUAGAAACUAAACAAUUGUUUGGUAAACUUUGAAUUUACCUUACAAACAGGAAUCAAUAAGCAAAAAAAAGAUCUCCUGAAAGCUUGUGUGUACACUGAAUGCUGUGCUGUUUCGUAUAUUGUCUUUGUCAGGGAUCCGCACAAUUCACAACUGCACCACAAGGUGAUGAUGUGAUGUUAUCAAAAAUGAAAUUAACUGUAAACAUGGCUUGUGAUUUACCGCAAUGACAAAAGCUGUGAAUGAUGUGUCUGUUGAAAGAUGUGUUGAUUAAAAAAGGUGUAGAAAGAAAAACUUGUAUCCAGAUGAAUAUCUAUAUGACGAUGACACAUAGGGUUAUAUAUAAUGAAUGUAUCUUACAUUCGUUAUAAACGACUCAUCUUUCAGGUUACUGCUGUCUGCUCCUCCCCUCCUGAGCUUCCCUCAUGCCUCCGUUGUGGAAGGUCCCACUUCACUUUCACUUCCUGCUGCUCGGGCUGUGUUUUGUGUUGAGCUAUAUUCAAUCAUCUCUGUUAAAGGCUAAAAAGGCUUUUUGGUUUCCCACUACCGGUUUCUAUAUUUAAUGUCUCACAUAUGUGUCACUGCUAAAUUAAUACGAUGUUUAUUUUAUGAAGGGUUUUUCAGAGACUCCCAACACUGUACAAUCGAGCCCUCAGUGGAGUCAUGGUGGGGAGGUUAGGUCUUCAUUUGAAGGCAGCGAUUGAGUCGGCCUUCCUGGUCCAUCUGGGAUCCAUCGCCGAGGCGCUGAAGGAUCUGACCCCCCAUGGAACCCACCGGACCAGUGAGAGGGCAGGCCACUCGGUAGAAGACAGGCCAGAGCAGGACAGGCCAGAGCAGGA